AUGCCGACGACACCAUCGCCGCUGCUGAGCAUGGCGGAGUUGCAGGGCCUCCGCCCCAGGCACGGGGCGGCGCCACGGCCGCCGGGCUUCGGGGGCCAGGUGCGUCCCCCACAGGUCUUCGCCCAGAAGCUGAAGUCAACCAAAGAGGAGGACUGCGGUGUGCCGCCCGGCAGCUGGAUCGCGACGCCACAGAGGCGGGUGAGCGAGACGGAGCGUGGGCGCAGCAGUUCGUCAUCGGGGACUUCAGCAGCGGCGACGAACAUCAAGGAGGAGCUGGUCGAGGGCAACAAGGGGGACAAGGAGGAGAUCAAGGAGGGUGCACGCGACGUCGCGAAGGAGAACGACGCGUGGCCGUCGGUCGUGCAGCUCCAGGCCGCGAAGCACAAGGCGGAGGAGCUAGCUGCCGUUAUUCAGGCCAAGGUGGCCGCGCGCGGCGGUGCGGUUCAGCCCCAGCGCGGCUGCGGGAGCGGGACGCGCGUGGAGGAGACGGUGCUGAAGGACGUCGAGAAGGACUGCAUGGAGGAGGAGGAAUCGUGCUGGAAGAAGUCGGAAGGCUUACGCCAGGUCUGGCACUGGCUGGUCUCGAGGGUCUUGGUGGAGCAGAUGCCGACCAAGGACGAGCCGCCGAAGGAGCGCAGUACCAAGCAGGAGAGGCUGGAGCGGAAGCACGAGGAAUUACAGGGGCUGGUCCAGCGCUCGCGCUCGGUCUCGAUCAGGAGGGACCUGCAUCGCAUCGAGCUUGGCCAGGCGGUCGCAGCAGCAGCGGAGCCGAAGGCCACGCCCAAGCCGAGGUUCCCGAGUUCCCGAGGUGCCGCCGCCAGCGCUGGCUGCGCAGUGGCAGGUGGCUACGAGGUGGAGUACACGGGCAAGUACACGCUACGCGAUGGUAGCGCAGGGGACCUAUCCGCAGGGCCCGAGGAGGCGACGGGCGUCCGGCCGGCGCUUCACAGUUCUGGAAGGGAGGCCGAGGAGCCUGGCCCGUCCCUGGGUGGAGGCCAGGAGUCCGUCGGCCAGUGCGCGCCUACUGCUUCCGCGAAGUCCAGGAAUUACAAGAAGAGGGAGAAGAAGGAGAAGAUCACGGAGAGCGGGCUUGCACAGCGGCUGUUGGCCGAUUACGGGCUCGCCUACUCGGAGGAGAUGGUCCACGUCGCCAGCGGGGCCGUGCGCAGGGUGCUCGUCGGCGUCCCCCAGUCCCUGCGGCUGGAGGUGCUGGAGACGCUCCAGAACAAGUCGUUCGACCUCUUCGAGGAUUAG